UAAAGGAGGCGGGUCCUGGUGGCUUCGGUGGCGGAACAGAUGGCGGCGACGGGCAACGGAUUGCGAUACUGGCCGGUGGAGUGGAGGAGGGCAUAACAAGACGGAACCUAAAGAAAAGACCCGGUGCGAGGAUUUGAACUUCGAAAAAAAAUAAGAAAAGAAAAGAUACUGUUGAUUUCUCGCAGCUGGAACAGCGGGAGUUUGUCCAUUCAUUUGUUCCGGAGCGGAAGAGCAGCCCGUGGACGGUGUUAGAGCCGAGGCCUCGGCACUGAGACUCGGGAGGGGCGGGGGGAUCCGGAACUGAGCCCCGACUCUCUAUCGGACUGUACCGGUUGAAACUGCCUGGUUUAGGAACGUAUCGCUAUAUAUCUGCUCUUCGCUAAUUUACCUGUCCAAAGCGCUGCGACGCUCAGAACUUUACUGUCGAGUCAGUUAAAGGGACAGACUAGCCAGCUAGCUUGAAGGCUAACUGACCGCCCAUUCAGAAAUAAUGAAUAGUUAGCUAGCGGAAUUAGCGUAUAGGCUAAAUGGAUAACAAUGGACAGAUUAGCUAGUGACAGUUCAGAGAGCUGUGUGUGAAACUGAUAUGUAGCGCGCAGUUUUUAUGGAUCCUAGGAUUAGACGGAAGCGGUAGGCAGUUAGCUGGAUUAAGUUAGCCAGCUUUGUUUAUCCCGAGUGCCGCGCGCACGCGCUCCCGUAACGUGUCCGAAUGAGAGCGCGCACAGUCGCAUUCACACGCCGGAGCCCCGCUGCUCGUGCUGGCCGGUUAGCGCAGUAAACUGUGUGUGUGUGUGUGUGUAUAUGUGUAUAUGUGUGUUGAGCGAGCACCGAGCCGAGUUUACCCGAAGCCCCGUCUCGCUGUGUUUUCAGAUGAAGCACUGAUGUGUGGAGUGAGCGCGGUGUGAAUUUCACAGGAACUGGGUUUGGGGCUCGGCACUGAGCGCGGUGCAUUAUGGGGAAUACAGUGUCUUGCUGCGUGUCUCCCAACGCAAGUCCGAAACUCCCGCGGCCCACCGAGCGCCUCGAGGACUACCCAAUAAACGCGGACCUGAGUGAAGACACCGGGCCGUACCUGCAGCACAUAAGCGACCGGGAACUGCCCGAUGAUCUAGCUUUAGAGUCCAAUCCUUCAGACCAUGCUCGUGCUAGCACCAUCUUCCUCAGCAAGUCACAAACAGAUGUCCGGGACAAGAGGAAAAGCAAUCAUAUAAACCAUGUCUCUCCUGGUCCCCUCUCCAAAAAAUACAGCUCCUGCUCGACAAUAUUCAUCGACGAUAGUACAGUCAGCCAGCCCAACCUGAAAAGCACAAUAAAAUGUGUUACUUUAGCAAUAUAUUACCAUAUUAAAAACAGGGAUUCUGACAGAUCACUGGACAUAUUUGAUGAGAAGAAGCAUCCUCUGUCUAGGGAGCAAGUUCCUGAUGACUACUCGCGCACAGACCCUGAACACAAACUGAUCUACCGAUUCGUCAGGACGCUGUUCAGCGCUGCUCAGCUCACCGCCGAGUGUGCCAUCGUCACCCUGGUGUAUUUGGAACGGCUGCUGACGUACGCUGAGAUGGACAUCUGCCCGUGCAACUGGAAGAGAAUCGUCCUGGGCGCCAUCUUACUAGCCUCCAAAGUCUGGGAUGAUCAGGCCGUGUGGAAUGUAGACUACUGCCAGAUCCUCAAAGACAUCACUGUUGAAGACAUGAAUGAGAUGGAGAGGCACUUCCUGGAGCUCCUGCAGUUCAAUAUCAACGUUCCGGCUAGCGUCUAUGCCAAGUAUUACUUUGAUCUGCGCUCGCUGGCAGACGACAACAACCUGAAUUUCCCGCUGGAGCCUCUGAGCAACGAGCGCGCUCAGAAACUCGAGGCGAUCUCCAGACUGUGUGAGGAUAAGUACAAAGAUCUGAGCAGAGCCGCCAUGAGGAGAUCCUUCAGCGCUGACAACCUGGUGGGGAUCCGCAGAUCCAACGCCGUGCUCUCCUAGACCACGUCCGCUCGUGUUCCCUCGGUCACGAUCAUAACCCACUCGACCAGUCUCCUUCCUGUCCUCCGGUACAGAUCUCUCACCGGCGUCGUCCCCUGCGACAACCCCACGACAUGUCUACAUCGAAACAGAAACUGACUCGAGAGUUUUGUUUUUCUUUCUCUUUUUUUUGUUGCUUUUUGCUUACUAUGUAGGCUACUAGCUGUGAAAUUUGUCAGUUUUUAAUUGAAAUCAAUUGCAGAUGGAGUAUUUUAAAUAAACACUAAUCAUGUAAAAA